AUGCCUACAGUGGCGCACCUAAAGUCUGCGUUGCAGCAAAGAUAUACCGCCCUGAAGGUGGGAAAUAAGGAUAAGUAUCCUGUUCCUCCAGAAUGGACAGAUGAGGGAAUUGAAAAUGAUUGGGAAAGUCCUAAUGACAUCGGUUUGGUUGUCGCACGCGCUUUCGGUCUUGGCCCAGUACGACCAAUUUUAAGGGAUAAAGAAGGCCAGACUCAGAUCAUUAAAUCUGGUGAUAAGGCUUUUAUGUGGGAUGGGAUGAAUACUGACAUCUAUGAGUUUGCCUGUCAGGAUCUAGGUGAGAUCUAUCGUGCUCUACAUCAUAGAGAACUGCAGAAGCUGGAUAAAUGGCUCCUGAAGGAGGUUUGCCCCCUUGUCUAUUAG